UUCAGGAUCACUGGCCUUCUAACAUUGCAUCAAUAAGUCGUCACUGACUGGCACAUUGGCGUACGGAGUAUAUCACUUCAGCUUUGGAGGCUUCGAUUGUACCGUGCGUAGUUGACCACUGUCGCCAGCAUGUCUUCACAGUCGGUAAAGCCAGGCCAUGAGGACGUGCUUCGCGAUAAUGAGGAAAUCUGCAGCGAUGAAGAUAAUGAUGCUACACAUGAUUCCGGGGGUCCACAUGUUUCGAAAGUCGCUUGCGAUCGAUGCCGCAGACGUAAAAUUAAAUGCGACCGCCAUAAGCCUUGUAAUCAAUGCCUCCGAGUGUCAUCCAGGUGUUCGUUCCCAGAGCCGCAAGAACGAGCGAGGCGACAGAGGGUGUUAAUAUCGAGCUUGUAUGAAAGAAGGAUUGAGCACAUCACACAAAAGAUUGACGACUUAGUUCACCUCAUGAAGCGACUCGACACCCCACCCGAUGGAAGGUUGCCUCAGCUUAGUGGCAAAAACAUUGAAUUAUAUGAAGUUGAAAAGCAAUUUCGACCAACUCAGUCAUCUGUCACUUAUCAUGAGGGUAUCGAUACGUCUCUUUUCGUAAAUGCACUUCAGGUGGCCAAGUUGCUUGAGACAGCUCUAGAUCAUCAGAUCACUGGAGAUCAUUCGCAGGCCACUGCUGAGAUCCGGUUGUCUCGUCAGACUUUGCAAACCGUCCUAGACUCGCAAGGCCGGCGCGGCACUGGCCCCGAUGAGGGUCCACCGUUUGCAAGGACACUGCCGCCUGGCAAGACCUUUAGAGAUUUAUCGAUACCACCUAUAGAGAAAGCCAUGGCCUGCUUGAGAAUGGUGCAAGACCGCAAUGUCAUAACCGUCCCAUGGCUGGGAGAGACGAAGUCAUUUGGCGAUUUCACCCUAAUUCUCAUCAAAGUUUGUUCUCCUGGACCCGUCACUGAUGUCGAGCUCAUCAUAUCCCUUUCCGGUCUAUAUUGGUUGUUCGUUGAAUGCGCAAGAUGGGCAUCGCAUGAGGCCAAAAAUGACAUCGAAAGUCAAGCAAGAGUAUGUCAGAGCAGCCUUGAGGUGAUCUUGUCGACGUUGAAUUUCUGGUUACCGACCACGGCCGACGCCGCGCUGGCUAUGAAUCUAGCGGCUUUAUUUUGUUUCCACAAAGGCAAAGUAUAUGCUUGCUGGACUUUCGUUAACAAAGCGGUCAUGCUCGCCAAAGCACUGGGGCUGCACAUGGCUUCCUCAGCAUCAGCGCUUGCUUCUGAAGAACGGAAUCGACGAUUCUGUUUAUUCUGGUCGAUAUAUUGCCUUGAGAGAAGCAUGGCGCUCAGGCUCGCCCGUCCUUCGGCAAUUUGUGACCAACAUAUCACGAUACCCAAACCAGAGGCUUAUCCCCCAGUACAAGGCCUCAUCUCAAGUAGACAAAGUCUAACAGAUGGCGUCGAAAUGUCGAGAAUUUUUGGUCGUGUAUACGACGAUUUAUUUAGCCCGAGCGCACUGGAGUUGCCUGAAGCACAUCGAAUUAUUCGCGGUCAAGACAUCGCAGCACAGUGGCGUGCCCUUAUCGCUUCGAGGGAAGAGCAUAUGGUAUGCCGAGCACGGUGGCAUGAAGACCCGCGUGGUACGAUCAGGGAUACUAUGCCGGUUGAUUUCGCUCAACAUGCCACCAGAGCAACCGACUAUUUAGUUCUAACGGUCAUCUACCGCGUCACACUAAACCACUCAUCAAAAUUACCCUCUGCUGAGUGUACAGAUGCUGCUCGUAUAAGCCUUCGCGAGCACGCUUCGUGCAUUGCACUACUCACCAACUAUCAUAAUGAUUCUGCUUUGUUUGAGCUAUGGGCCAACGGUGGACUAAUUCUCUUCCCUUUUCUGCCUUUCAACAUAAUGUUCUUCAGUGUUAUUGAGACCGGCAAUCUGAAUGACCUAGAGAGCUUGAAAGCGCUUGUAGACGCUCUGGAGUCUCUCUCACACAAGCCGGCGUACACCUCAUGUGCAAAGCAACUUCAGAUCUUUCGAGCACUUUACACUGUGGCUGUGGUUUAUAACGAGGCCCGAGGCCAGUGGCAGCCCGAGUCCACGCCGACUCGAGUUCCUUCAAGAACUGGUCGCAAUGGGUCGUUCAAUGAGGUCCUCGAUCUAUCGACCUUGUCUCCUGUCUCGGAUAGCCAGCCAUGGAUCGACUUUGGGGGAAUGGCACUUGACCCCCUUGGUACACAAAUGGGAUACUGGAUUCAAGAUACCGGCCAAUUUCUUGACUCCUUCGGCGAAACGUAA